GCUGCUCUCCACCAACCUGUCAGUGACGCAAGCGGAGACUACUUAAAGGCAGAUUAGAGGCAGCAAGACAUUAAAGCCAACCUUCCUCCCUCCACGCCGCCGGUCCGCCCGCCGCGCCGCGCCACGAGCCGAGCGGGCCGGGCCGGUGGCGGCCGCCGAGCCCCGCAGAGCCGAGCCGAGCCGAGCCGAGCCGGGAACCCUCGGCAAGGCUGCGCCUCCAGCCGCCCUCCCGCCACCGGACUGCGGGCAGGAGAGACGGGCUGCUCUUGGGUUUGUUUUCCCUCCCCCGAAAAAAAAAAAAAAAAAAUAGGAGGGGUGAAAAAGGCAGAAGUGAAGAGAUCCCCUACGCUUGCCAAAGUCUUUGUCUCCGGAUGAACAGCGAUGGGGGAAUGGACUAUUCUAGAGAGGCUACUGGAAGCUGCCGUGCAGCAGCAUUCUACUAUGAUAGGGAGGAUCCUGCUGACCGUGGUGGUGAUCUUCAGAAUUCUCAUUGUGGCCAUUGUAGGGGAGACGGUGUACGAUGACGAGCAAACGAUGUUUGUCUGUAACACGCUGCAGCCAGGCUGCAACCAGGCUUGUUAUGACCAGGCUUUCCCCAUUUCUCACAUAAGGUACUGGGUGUUCCAGAUCAUCAUGGUGUGCACUCCCAGCCUGUGCUUCAUAACGUACUCCGUUCACCAGUCUGCUAAACAAAGGGAACGGAGGUACUCCACUGUCUUCCUUACCUUGGAAAGGGACCAGGAUUCAAUGAAGCGUGAGGACAGUAAGAAAAUCAAGAACACGAUUGUCAAUGGGGUGCUGCAAAACACUGAGAACUCCACCAAAGAGGCAGAACCAGACUGCUUAGAAGUGAAGGAAAUCCCCAAUCCUGCUAUCAGAACUACAAAAUCAAAGAUGAGGAGGCAAGAAGGCAUUUCUCGAUUUUAUAUCAUCCAAGUGGUCUUUCGAAAUGCCCUAGAGAUUGGAUUCUUAGUGGGACAGUAUUUUCUGUAUGGAUUCAAUGUCCCUUCCAUGUACGAAUGUGACAGAUACCCUUGCAUUAAAGAAGUAGAGUGCUAUGUUUCUAGACCCACUGAGAAGACUGUAUUCUUGGUAUUCAUGUUUGCUGUCAGUGGGAUUUGUGUGGUGCUUAAUUUGGCAGAACUGAACCACUUGGGCUGGAGAAAGAUCAAAAUGGCAGUGAGAGGAGUACAGGCAAAAAGGAAAUCCAUAUAUGAAAUCAGAAAUAAGGACCUGCCAAGAAUGAGCAUGCCUAACUUCGGCAGGACUCAGUCAAGUGACUCAGCUUAUGUGUGAGGCUGUGACAGAACUGAAACACUGUGCCAGGUGGAACAGACCCAGAUACCAUUAGAGAAAGGUACAUUGCUUAGGCAAGCAUUUUAUCAAACCACCAAGAAAGCCAUUAAGGUAUUGGAUCUCCACUUACUGAACUAGCUGCAAAAUGCAGCACUAUAUAAAAGACUGAAAAACAGCUAUAAAACCAUGCUUGACCUAGCCUUACAGCACAGCUACUAUUAUUCCUACUUUUCUUUCUAAUGAUUGGGUUUUAUCUGUCAGUGAAGCAGCUUUUUGGUCGUCAUUAGGAUGUUUACACUUUGAAUUGUCUGACUAAUUGUUGUAAAUGUGUAGAAUGUUCAUAUCAAAAACUCUGCAAGGAUGCUCUAUAUGGGGUGGGGUGGGGGACACUGUUGCAAUGUGCAGGCAUAAGCAUGUUUUAAAAAGAGGAUAAGCACACUGUAAGGAACCUAACCACAGCUCAGUCAGGAUAUCUGCGUUCACGUAUCUCACAGAUGUCUUAUUUUAUUUGUCUAAAUCACAGACUUUAUUCCUGGUGUGUAUUACUAGCUAUUUUCUAUCAUGGUUUGUGCAUCAAUUAGUCAUGCUAAAAAUAAAUGCUGAAUAUAAUUUUGCCAUUUUUUCUUUGCCUGUCCGCACACACACACAAACACACACACAAACACACACACAAACACACACAUGUGCGCACACACACACACAUACACACACACCAGAGACCUUAAACAUCUUGCAUUAGUUGUGACCUGCAGAAUAUAUCAGUACUUUUUGAUUGAUUCCCUAAUAUGUGCAUGAAUAAGAUAGAGUUGGUUCAUGCCAGCUGAGUUAUGCAUUUACCUACAAUCACCUAUGAUGACACACAUACCAAAGGAAGAGAGUUCAUUGCAUUUUACUGUGAAUAUAUCAUCUUUUCUCUGCUCUUAUUUAUAUAAGUGCCAUACUUGAAACAUCUAACUCUGUACUUAGUCAAAAUGUUGUCUUGGGAUACCAGCUGGAGUGAAUUGAUUUUAUACUCUCUUUCUUUUAUUUUAUGCUAUUUGUUCAGUCAUUGCAAUGGUGUAAAAAGCAGCUAAAGUAUCUAUUGAUAAAUAAAUACUUGCCUUUUUUUUUUUGUAAGCCAGAGAAAUUUCUUCUUUAUUCUUGUAUACAAUUGUAAAAAAACUUACAGGGUUAAAAUAAUUGACUUACAACAAUUAUUCUUCAGGGUUUAAAAUGUCUUGUUGGUAUUCUAAACUCUAAGCGACAAAACCUGGGAAAUCAGGACUGUUUUUUAUGCCUGUUUUCCUCCUUAAGCAAGCUUCCUCUGUCUUUAAAGCCUGAUCCAAAGCCCACUGACACCAACAGCCUUCUUUCUGCUGACACUAAGGGCAACAUAGUCGGCUGCCAAGGUCACUCUAGGAAUAGCCAGAAUACAUUUACCCAUAAAUGGAACAAUUGCAGCUUUUCAUCAGGGAAUCCAAACAGUAACCUCAGCUUUUCUGCCUUACAGCUGGUUUAAGAAAUAUGUUGUUCGUGUCCCAUCAACUUACUGGUAAGCCACUGGGGCAGUCUCAAAUGAAUCUCUGUUAACAGCAAUUAUCUUAAUAUAGAAUAGAAUACUAAGGUUUACUUAAUGAUUUUUUUUAACAUUUUUAAAAUUCCUUCUGAAUUCAACAGAAAAUAUUUCUCUGGCAACAGUAGGAGUUGGAUCAGGACUAAAAAACAUACAAGUGCAUUUCUAACUAAAUAGUAUCUGCCCUUUAAAGAAAAGGGCCAAAAUGGUGCUGGAAAAUCUGUGGGUACUUUAUAACAUAAGAAGGAGAUGUGGGCUCAGAGUCACAAAUGGCCUUUUGAUUGUAUUUUUUGUCAAGCCUGAAAAUGGAUUUUAUUAUAUAUUGGCUUGGAGAUGAUGCAUAUAAAUCUUUUCCUCUUGGCUUACAACAAAUACCUUAACAUUCCAUUCUUGUCGUUUGCCAGCAUUGUCACUUUAAAAAAUGUUGAUUAAUUCUUAGAUAGUCUAUCCAUUAUCACAUUCAUCUGUUGUCUUUUUUCUUCCACUGUGAAGCAUCAAAGAUGUGUCAUGUUUUUAAAGAUUUUAAAUAUAUUUUUCCUUAUGUAUAAAUUUAAGUGUCCCUGAUUUGAUUAUAGAAACCUCUAAAGAUGGAUUUCUCAAAUUCUUUGUGAUAAAAACGCACACUGAUAUUGCUAGUUGACUGCAUGCUCACUGGAAAACUGCAUGUUAUUUUUAGAAGGACAACAUGGCAGCUAAAAUCUCCAUCUGCAAAAUAACAAGCUUCUGAAGAUUAUUAUUUGACUCACAAAUCCAAGUCUGAUUUUUAUUUUGCAGAGUCCUGGGAUGGUUUUCAAAAUCUCAUUUUGAACAGAUAUUGAAAGAGAACAUACUCUUUGACAGCCAUAAACACUCCUUUAAUUUUGAAGAAAUGAGAGAUUGUGUGCAAAGUGCUUGAUCCAGUGCAAAUCAAAGUUGAAAAAACAACUUCAGUGGGCUUUGCUUCAGGUUCAGCAUAUUUUCCUGUUAGGCAGAAGCCUUAAUGCAAGUUUUUUCCAGUGGCUGCAUAGCAGUUUUCAGUCAAACUCUAGUGAAGGUGCAUGUCUUGAAAGCGAUAAGAUUUUAAUACCUUAAAAUUCUAAGGUAAUAUAUAGAAAGUAUCUGUUUAUAUUUGUCAAUGCAAGUGAAUCAGUUAAUUUUUUUUUAAAUGUAGUUACACAUUUGUAAUCCAGUAAGUUGGGAUUCUUUGGAUUUGUCCAAAGAGAAGAAUAUUAGGAAAUGUAAAUGAUGAUUUAUAUAACAGGAUCAGUCAUAAAGUAGGCAAAGACUUAUAUUUUGAUCAACAGAAACACCAUCAUCCACCAUACUUGGAAUAUGGCUUUUCAUAUUUCAAAUGAGAUGAAAUAUGUCAAGAGAUCAGUUAUUCUAACCUUCCUUUUAAAUUGUUAUUUUUCAUUUCUUACCAACUACUCAUUUGUCAUGGACAAGAGAAAUAUAGCAAACACUUUUUUUGUCAAUGUAUGUGAGAAUCAUAUGAUUAAUGCUAAUGGACUGUUUGCAUGAAAGCUGACUAUUCAUUUACAGAAUAAAUGCUUUAAAAUUGUCACAGCAAUGGAAAAGUGUGUUAACUGAACAGAACUGAGUGAACAUGAAGCUGAAGAGCACAUUACUGACUACUUAGGUCUUGCUCCUGCCUCAGUGAAAUAAAUUGAUCUCACCAUUGGCAUCUCUGUAAGGAUCAGACAUUAAAAUUGAAAAUUGAGUUAAUGUUUGUUUUCUUCAUUGUUUGCAUUGUUUUGCACUCGUGGACAACAUUAUGUGUCAUGAUAAGUGCAAACAUUAAUGCUAUAUUCACUAAGCUCCUAUGGAAAAUUGCUACAGAAUCUAAUAAAUCAUUAGUUUCAAGGAAUUUUAAAUUGCACAUAAAAUAUUUACAUGAUUUCAUUUCUAUAUAGACUUGACCUUGUGCAUUCCACACCUGUGUGAAUUUCAAAACCUAUUUACAUAGGGGCUAUGAAUCAUGUCACCAGAUAUGUAUAAGGUACAAGGAGAGUUGAUUAAAAUAUUUUUCAAAAGAGGAAAUUUUUUUUCUCAAUGAAAACUAGCUGCAUUUUUAUGUGUAGCAUUUUUACACAGGGAAAUUGAAUUCACUGGUCCCAUAAAGAGUUUAGUUUUAGAGACCUCUGACUGAAAAAAUGUAAGGGUUUUCAUCUUUUUGAAGGGAAAACUGAAGAACAGAGAGAUCAACUGAGAUUAAUGAAUCACAGAAGUGGUCAGAUGGGUUUUACUUCGUUUUCCACUAAAGAAGUAUGAAACAGUCAGAAUCUUCAGAGUGGGUGCAAUGCUUUCCUGGCAUUGUACCUAACAGGGUAGGACAAAAUGCUGCUAUGUAGAGAACCGCAGGAGAAGAUGUACGUGAAAUGUUAAAUGUGAGGAAGAAUUAUUUUCCUGCAUUUUUAAAAGAUUACAUUUUUUUUCAGGGCAAGAGGUCGGAUCAGGUGGACAUCGUGCCUGCCUUCUUUUGGCUUUAUUUUAUAACUGUUUCACAUUGCUCCUUCAGCAAAAAAGGUUAGAAGCCUUUGUUUGGUGUACAAGUAUGGAAAUGGGAAUUAAAAAAUUGGGUCAUAUGAGGAGAACACAGACAUAUGUUUUCAGUAUUUAGUGUCUGGUCUGGUACUUCAUGAAUUUAAUGACAAGACUUCAUUUUCUGUGGGACCAAUUCCCAGCUGGGUGAAACAUUUUUAUUUCCUGAGAUUAACAGGAAAGAUUACAGCAUUUCUGUGUUGCACACCUAUCUCUGGAUAUUUUGGAAUGUUCUUUCCAGAAAUUCUAUUUUAUUGUAAGCUUUCAGAAAACACACUAAGUUAGUAUCAGCUACUAAUCCUAAACAUCAGCAUCCUCUCAAUGAAAUUCUGAUAGUAUCUCUAUGAAGAAAAAUUGGGCUAGGAAAUGCUUCAUAUUAUGUCUAUUAAAAUGUACUGAAGAAGUCAAUCAAGACUUCCAUUAGAUAGGUGCAGAUAUGGAGUAUUCCCUGGCACUGCAUUAAAAAUAAACCACGCAUAUGGAUAUGUAUAUGUAAAGCUAAAUGUUUGCAAGAUCAUUAAAAGAUUUUGUCUAAACUGAAUUAGUGUGUUACAGAUUGAACUGCAAAGAUGGAUACAGAAGUCCCAUAUCCAGAGACAGUUAGAAACUGAACUAGAUCCAAUGACAUGACUGGAUAUUUAACAUGCAAAAACCCCCAACAAUCACCCUUUUCCUCUGCUUUCUGGGGCUAUGGGCUGCACCAAUUUCUUUAGAGAGUUUAGCUGAGCAGGUGUCUCUCCAAGUGACAGCUUUUAAGAGGCUUGUCUUCACAACAUAAAAAUCUAUCAGCUUUUUUGUGGUGGUGCAGGAAAUACAGGAUGAAUCUGAUCUCUAGGUUAUGGAGACCUACAUAGAAAAUUACUUUCUGAUAUCCCCUCAAAGUGAGAAUUACUCUUGUAUUCAACAGAAUGUGAAAGUAAGGUGUUAAUCCAUCUAUUUUUUGCAUAUAUAGUGUGGCAAACAAGGACAUAGAAGGGUUACCAGUACCUGGAUAAUGAUUAAUACACCC